CGAUCAGCUUCUUAAUAAUUAAUAAUUGCCCUCGGAUCAAAUCCAAUCAAACAUGGAUGAUUUUUUUUUCUCCGUAAAAAAAAAAUACAAACAAAGGAAAUUUACAGUAUAAUAAAUAGGUAAUCCACCUAUUGGAGGAAUAUAUUGGAACCUUUUUACAGGCGGCAAGAAGGAAAAACCUGUUGUUCAUCGGAAUCGAAUUUUACGACGUCACUAUAAAUACGGUAUCGAUCCCAAUGCCCCAAAGCAGUAAUUCAAUUCUUACACCCCAAAUUAUUAGAUUGAUACAAAAAGAAACAAUCCCUAGUAGAAUUCUGAACUCGAAAUAAGAGAAAGAAAAUUAAGAAAACAUAUGGACACAGAGUAUGGAAGAUAAGCCGUCAUCCGGCGCGGAUACUUCGAAAAAGACGAUAAAGGCGACAGCAUCAGCCGAGGGGAAGAAGCGGUUCGAGUUGAAGAAGUGGAACGCGGUGGGGUUGUGGGCGUGGGAUAUAGUGGUGGACAACUGUGCGAUUUGCAGGAACCAUAUUAUGACGCUGUGCAUUGAGUGCCAGGCUAAUCAAGCCAGCGCCUCCACCGACGACUGCACGGUGGCUUGGGGUGUCUGCAACCAUGCCUUCCACUUCCACUGCAUCAGCCGGUGGUUAAAAUCCCGCCAAGUCUGCCCUUUAGACAAUUCCGAGUGGGAGUUUCACAAGUAUGGUCAUUAAAGUAUUAAGCUACUAUAUCGUGUUCUAACCGCGAAAUUUUUUGUGAUGAUCUCUAUAGAUAUCUAUAGAUGUUGUGUGUUGUUAUUUUUUUAUUUAUAUUAUUAGUUUCUAUAUCUUGUAACUAACAUACAUGAAUUUCUCUUUGGUGUCUUGCACUCGUUGAGUAUUUUUUUUCCUCUUUAUUC